AGCCAUUGUGGCUCAGGCCUGCCUUGGGCGCCAGGCGGGCAAUCGUUGGCCCGUGGCUCUCUCUCUUCUGGGGGCAGCGCCUCUUCCCUUGCAUCGGCGAUGGACAUGGUGGCUUGGGGAUAUGGCUGUGGCUGGCUGAAGGGUCGCCCAUGCUGCAGCGGAGCAGCCCCACGCCAGCGCGGCGCGCUCGACGCGAUGCGGCUCGGGUGGCCUCCGCUGCGCGCCUGCAGGCCGCUCUGCAGCGUGCGCUGUGCCUCGAAGGGCACGUCGCGAGCUUGAAAGCGAGGCUCGAGGCGAUCCAGGAGGUGAACGCUGCGGCCGCUGCGCAGGCCGUAGCUCUGGCGGAGCAGCACCCGUUGGUAUAGUUGGCGUCCGUGUGCUCGGAUGGCGGCGCCGACGCGGCGCUUCUCAACGAGCUCUCGGGGUGGCUGGUCCUUGGGGCCCUGUGCCCGCGGCUGGGCUGGGAGGCGCAGGAGAGCGUUCGCUCCCCGUGGCUGGCACGCUGCAGUUGAAGCGGCGCAACAUGGCGGCCUACGACUUCGGCGUGCCCGUCGCCGUGAUCGCGAAGGCCGGGGGGGCGCAGCUCAACCGCCCGUAAUGCGUGGCGCGGGCGAGGACCGUCGCUGGUCGCACGCGGCGGCUCGGUUGCGGGAGGGCUUUGGCGCUCGAGGCAGCCAGCGGAGCGCUCGGUUGCCGACGCCGCCCCUGCGGACUGGAUGGUGGCCACUCGGCGCGGGCGCUCCGUGCCCGAGGUGUGCCGCUUCGACCUUGCCCAGCGGGCGCGGCUCGCCGAGUCCCCCGAGGUGAGGCCGCCUGGAGGGUGCGCGUGGUGGUGGACUGUUGCAGGCGAAGAGGCUGGCCGCUCCGCCGCCCUAUCCCACUUGCCGUCGUUCCCGCAGACGCCUUGCCCGAGGAAGCCGAGGAGGAUGUCGACGACACGGCCAAGCCCGACGUCAAGCUCGUGUGAGUCGCCCUCGGCUGCGUGGCAGGAGGCGGUCGCGACGUCGGUGAGGCCCCAGGCGAUCGCGAUGCACAUGGUGUGCCUCGUCCCGGCGUGCUUGGACUUCAUGGCGCCCCUGGAGGUCAGGCACGCGUGGGUGGUGUUCCUGAUGUGCAUGCUGAGCGUGCUCCUGGAGCACCCGGGAGUCAGGAGGCUCAUGCGGGUGACCUCUUUGGUGGUGACUUCUUGCUGGUGGUGCUCUUCGAGCUGGAGCUUCGCGGCGGCGUCUCGCGGUGCUCCGCGCCCGCUUCCAGCUCGGCGCGGCCGCAGCGUUCGGGCUUGCACCGUUCGCGGCACGAGCCCCGCGAGCGGAGAAGGGGCUCCAUAACGAGAUAUUUGUGGUGUAUGCCGACGCGGCCAUUGAUGCAGUUCAGUGUGCCCGGGCAGGCAUCGGCUGCAAGUGGCUUCGUGCAGCGCACUCUUGCCGCCGUUGCCUCAGCGAGUGUGGGCCAUUCGUGAGCCCACCCUGCCCUCGGCACCCGGCGUGCGGGCCUGAGAGUGGAAGGCCUGUCGGCGACUUGGCCACAGGCAUGGGGCGCCCCCCGUCGGGGGGGGGCUGCUGUCAACCCGUGGGUGCUCGACCCUACUCGAGUGCUAUUCUCCUCA